AUGGGCCUCACACGUACUCAAGUCGCCACUCUCAUCGCGAUUGAACGCUCCACGGCAUCUGUCUCCGUGGUAGCGACUCUCAUCUUGAUCAGCACGUUCAUCUUCAUUAAAGAAUUUCGAACACUCUCCAAUACUCUCAUCUUCUACGCUUCAUUCGCCAAUCUCUUCGCAAAUGUAGCCGCUCUCAUCGGUGGUUCAGCACUUGGAAAUGUCGAUGGCGCGCUUUGCCAAUUCCAAGGAUUCCUGCUCGAGAUGUUCAUGCAAUCCGAUCCACUCUGGUCUUGUGCUAUGGCAGUCAAUGUGUACCUUGUCUUUUUCAACAGGUACGAUGCAACGAGACUGAAGAAAUUAUAUUUCUACUACGGGAUCAUAUGCUACGGACUUCCUUUCAUCCCCGCGAUGUUCUGUCUCUUCUACAAAACGAAAAAGAAAGGAAAGAUGUAUGGAAAUGCCACUCUCUGGUGCUGGAUAGACACCCAAUGGGCAGCAGUUCGUAUCUAUUCGUAUUAUGCACCAAUCUGGCUAGCCAUCCUCACAACAUUCGUCAUAUAUGUUCGCGUGGGCGUCGAAAUAUUCCACAAGAGAUCCGAGCUGCAGAACGUAGUGAAUAAUACAAGUUCCUCUACAACAAUGGUCUCUUCAGAAAGAGCCAAGAAACCUCCGAAUCUCCCUCCAUUGGAACCUUUCUCUGGUCUCCGCACUACCGAUAUCAAAGUAACCAGCGAUGCAUGCAGUCAAUAUACACCCGCACAAGUAUGUUCGCUCUCUCCAACCCCAUCGAUCGCAACACGCCACGAAAAGCGUCCAAGUGAUCCGGAUCUCUACAGAAUAAGCAUUUCCUCUCCACCACUUCCAUCGACAACGUUCUCGCAAUUCAGCCGGCUUCCACCUAUCCCAGUACACCACACCACUUCGAAUAUGCCAUACCAGAUUCCGGAUACUAUGCAUAAACGCCCUUCUUCGACGGACAAGAUCAAAUGGGCCUAUACGCGUUGCGCACUCUUGUUCGCUAUCUCCAUCCUCAUAACCUGGGUUCCCGCCUCUGUCAACCGCGUCUACGGCCUGCGCUACCCCACUCGCCCCUCUUUCGCACUCAAUAUCGGCUCAGCAAUCGUGCUACCCUUGCAAGGAUUCUGGAAUACAGUCAUCUACUUCUGGACGAGUUGGGGCGUUUGUAAGACUUGGUGGAGGGGUAUGAGACAGAGGAGGAGCCGGAUGGGAAGGAGGAGGGGGAGGGGAAAGACGAGGGUAAAGGCGAGAGUCAUUGAUAUUGUGCAUCUUGGAGGGAGGAGAGUUGGUGAUGAGGAGGGGGGGAUAGAGAUGGAGAGGAGGGGGGAGAGUACGAUGGAGUUGAGUGGGAGGAGGAGUUUGGGGAGUAUGGGAGACUCGUUUUGA